CAUGAUUUUCUUGUCUAAAAUCUUGGUUUAGCUACCUUUUUAUUUUUGGAAACUUUCUCAUGAAUUGGUAGGAUUUCUUGAUUUGGUUGUAUUGUUUUCUCUUAAAAAAAGUUGAUUCAUAUUCAUGAUUUGCUUGUAUCAAAUCUUGAUUUAGAGACCUUUCUAUUUUUGGAAACGUUCUCGUGAGUUGCUUAGCCACUUGACUGUAAGGAAAAAGACGUUAAAGCGGUUGAACCACUUGAUUAUAAGAAGCUUGUGAUUUUAUUGGCGGAGAGGGUAUUCAUUUUCUCACGAAGAAGAAAAUGGUGAGGGGAAAAACUGAGAUAAAAAGGAUUGAAAAUACAACAAGUAGACAAGUGACUUUCACAAAAAGAAGAGGUGGACUACUUAAGAAGGCAUUUGAACUCUCAGUUCUUUGUGAUGCUGAAGUUAGUCUUAUCAUUUUUUCUCAAAAAGGAAAGCUUUUUGAGUUUUCAAGUUCAAGUACUAACAAGACAAUAGAACGUUAUCAGAAGAAUGACAAGAAUUUGAGACAUGACAAAAUAUUACUUGAACAGACUACUGAGCAUUUGAAGGAGGAGGUUAUGAGCAUGACUAGGAAUCUGGAGGUUCUUGAAAACUCUAAAAGAAGGCUUUUAGGAGAAGAUUUAGAGUCUUGCUCCAUUGAUGAACUUGAAAAGGUAGAAGGACAGUUAGAUCAAAGUUUAAGAAAUAUUAGGGCAAAAAAGAACCAGCUAUACAAGGAAAAAAUUUCUCUUCUAAAAGACGAGGUAAAAGUCCUAAUGGAGAAAAAUGCAGAAUUGCGGGAAAAGUAUGAGGCUCGAUCGCUGCCUUUAUUUAUUGAUCGACAAGAAGAUGAAAGUCCUCAAGCACGAAAAAUGGAGGUAGAUACACAACUAUUUAUUGGAUUUCCUGAAAGAUGACUAAAGACGAAGUCAAGAUUUGAAAUUUAUGAAUUUAAGAAUUUUAUUUACUUGAAUCACUUUAUUCUAAAUUAAUAAUUUAUAUGUAUUCAACCGUUUUCUUGAAAUAAAUAUAGAAUUUUAAUCAAAGUUAUUAAGUUUGAUUCUGUAAUUUAUGUACUUGCACCGCCUCAUUAAUUACAAGCUUUUGUGACUGCCA